AUGGGGCAGGCCGGGUACGUUUCGCUCCAUGGACAGCAUGCAGGGAUAAUGAAUAGUGUCCAAACUCUAGGAACCAAAUAUGAAGGCAUCCGAUUCAGGCGUGUGCUCCUCGACACCAUCCCGCAGAUCGACGAAUUAGCUCGUGCAGUCAUUCCAUCUCACCCCGCGAUGAAGCCUCAUGCUCGCAUGCUCCACCACUUUCGCUUCAUCUUGCCGCUUCUUCCAAGUAUUACAUCCGAGGAAGAAAACAUUUCCUUCCUUCACUACUACGACUCCGCCAUCCAGAUCGUAAGGAAUUCAUCAAGAGAACCUACGGAAGCCGAGUUUGAACUAGGCAUGCAAGCUGCCCAAGAAAUCAUAAACUGGUCAGUGUUCUGUCUCAAGAUGUCGUGGCCAAUGUCUUCUGAAGACUGA